GCCGAUAAUUUUACUCAACGAAGAUCAGUGUCGGAUUCGAAGAGAUCUUCGCGGCGAAUUGUGUGAUUUACUGCGAAUUUGUUAAACUGGGUUAGGUUCGCCGGAAUCUGAGAUGGGUAAGGAGAGUAAGAAGAGUGAGAAUAGGGUUGAAUCUGAGGGAACCGUUGAAGAACGCAAUUCUACGAAGAAGAAGAAGAAGAAGAAAAGCCGAGAGAAAAAGGAUAGCUUUGGUGGAGAAAAUGGGGAGACAGCUGCGUUUGAAGGAGAGAAAUUGGGUGAGGGCGCUCCAGCUAAGAAGAUAUCGGAGAAGAAAAGGGUCAAUUCUGAAGCUGACGAUGAUGGUGUGAAGAAAUCGAAGAAGAGUAAGAAAAGGGCUGAUUCUGGAGCUAAUGCUGAUGAUGGUGGGGAGAAAUCAGAGAAGAAAAGGGUUGAUUCUGAAGAUAAUGCUGAUGAUGGUGGGAAGAAAUUGGAGAAGAAAUGGGCUGAUUCUGAAGCUAAUGCUGAUGAUGGUGGGAAGAAAUCCGAGAAGAAAAGGGCUGAUUCUGAAGCUGAAGAUGGUGAGAAGAAAUCGAAGAAGAAAAGUAAGGAGAAAAUGGUUGAUUCUGAAGCUGAGGAUGAUGGUGUGAAGAAAUCGAAGAAGAGAUAUAAGGAGAAAAGUGUUGAUUCUGAGGCUGAGAGUGAUGGUGUGAAGAAAUCGAAGAAGAAGAAGAAGAGCAAGAAAGAAUCUGGUGGUGAUGAGAUAGGAAACAGUGAAGAAAGUCAAAGUGAUGGUAAGAGGGAGACGGGAAAGAGAAAGCGUGAUGAGGGUGGUUUGGGAGCUGAAGAAAACACAGAAAAUUCCGACAAGGAAACUAACCGGAAAAGCAAGAAGAAGAAACCAUGUGUGAAUCCAGAGGUUGAAGAAGAAAUGAAGGACUCUGCGAAAGAUGCAAAGAAGAAACAAAGUGAGGAUUCAGAGGCUGAAGGAAACGACUUGAACUCUACGAAAGAUGCAAAGAAGAAAAGGAAGAAGAAGAAGCAGAGUGAAGAUCCAGAGGCUGAAGAAAACAACAAUGACUCGACGCAAGAUGCAAAGAAGAAACAAAAUUCAGAGGCUGGAGAAAACGACUUGAACUCUACUAAAGAUGCAAAGAAGAAGGGGAAGAAGAAAAAGAAGCAAAGGGAGGAUCCUGAGUCCGAAGAAAACAACAAGGAAGAGGCAACGAAGAAAAGGAAGAAGAAGUGUAGUAAGAGUGAUGAAAAUGUGACCACCCCAUCAAGUAAAAGCACAAAAAAGGUGAAGUUUUCUGAUCAAGUGGAAGUUUUUCCUGCUGAGGAUGAAGAAAGUGAAGAGGAGGAACAAGAAGAAGAAGAAGAAGAAGGGGUUGAACUGGUGAGAGGUAACCGGUUUACAAAGGAAGAAGACGAGCUGAUAAAGAAAGCUGUGUUAGAGUACGUUGAUAACCAUGCUUUAGGAGAUGAAGGGGUAAACAUGAUUAUGAACUGCAGGUCACACCCACAAAUUAGAGGCUGUUGGAAAGAAAUAACAGCUGCUUUACCUUGGAGGCCACAUAGUGGUGUGUACCAUCGUGCCCAUACUUUAUUUGAAGAAGGAUCCAAAGGAGUAUGGACUAAAGAGGAUUUUGAUAUGCUUAUAGAGUAUCACAAGAAACACGGGAGUGAUUGGAAAGCUCUUGCAGAUGCGAUGGGGAAACACAGGAGGCAUGUGAAAGACGCUUGGAGGAGAGUAAGAAUGGCGUCGAAGAAGAAGAAAGGACAUUGGUCAAGGCAGGAGUAUCAAACUCUCUUUGAGCUUGUGAACAAAGACAUUAGAAUGAAAGCAUUCCAAGAGAAGCGCUCAAAGCAUGGGAUGCUCCGAGAUAACAUCCCUUGGAUGGCGAUAAGCGACCAGCUUGAAACACGGGACCACACUAUCUGUUGCGUUAAAUGGUAUGAUCAGUUGCAAUCACCGAUGGUGGCAAAAGGAAUAUGGGCUAACGUUGAUGACUAUAGGCUCAUGGACGAGCUUACGAAUCUUGAUGCUGCUUGUGUCGACGAUGUGGAUUGGGAUAAUCUUUUGGAUAAUCGAGAUGGUGAAGCUUGUAGAAAGCGGUGGGACCAGAUGGUGCGGAAUAUCGGUUUCCCUGGAACCAAAACGUUUGCAGAACAAGUCGAGAUUUUGUCUGAAAGGUAUUGCCCUGACUUAGCUGAAGACAGAGAAGAUUUUGACAACAGACCUUUUGAUCCUGAAGAUUAAGUCUACUAGAAAGUUUGUUUGUCCCUUUUAUGUUCUACUUUAAUGUGAUGUUAUGUUAGGAACUAAAAACGAAAAGAGAUUACAUU